AUGAGAAGAACAAACGUUAGCAACAUCAGAUUGCAGUAUCGGAUUGACACAUGGCGGGAAGAGCUGGAAUACAUGAGGGAGCUUUUGAAUAUGAGGAUGGUUCUUACAGCGAAUCAGCAGCAACAAUCAGACAUCAUGGGCCCUAUGCAGGCACCUCUCCAGGCUUCGUCGUCAAGCCAAUUCUUGCAGGUUCCACAAGGGGCCACUUCAGUAGGCCUCCAAGAAAAUCGCGCCUCCUCCCCAGCUUACACUGUCGACACAGCCGGCUCGCCGCGUGCAAAGGAGCGCCCCCAUCGUUCCCGGCUGUAUCCAUCUUCUUACAAUGAUGCGCCGUCUCCUAGUUUAGUUUCUUCUAACCCACAGUCUGCUCUUUCGUCGCCAGAGCUGGCCAUGCAAAGCACACCCGAGUUGCCGCAUAAGAAAAGAAGCUUAGCGGAGCAGGAACUUGAUGAGCUAUCCUGUGCAGCAGAGCAACUUACCCUCUCGAUGAAACUCAGUCUCCCACCAUCGCAAUCGGAACAAGAAAAGCCAUAA